AUGGGGGAGGAAGUGCGCAAUGCCGCCGAGCGGCUCCGGAAGCUGCUGCGCGCCGCCCAGUACCCGCAGCUGAGCGCGCUGCGCCUCGAGGAUGGGGACGUGGCCGACCUGCUGCGCGUGCUGCACUUCGUGCUGCUGGACUCGUCGCGGGCCGUGGCGCAGUUCCUCGUGGACAGGGGCUACGACCUGUACGGCAAGACGGACGCGCGCUUCGUGGAGAGCGCCUUCCGCCUGCUGCGCGACGAGUUCCGCUGCUUCCCGUCGCUGAGCGUGCCGCAGUUCCUGUCCAAGCAGUUCGUGGCGCGCAGACUCGCGAUCGUGGCGGACGCGGCGGCGGCAGUGGCGCAGAAGCGCCAGGAGCUGCAGAGACUCAAGCGCAGGGAGGAGGCCGUGUGGUCCCCGCCCCAGGCGGCCGCCAGGGGCCGGCGAGAGCUCCAGCCGACGGUGGAGAACCACGUGCUGCCCAGCGCGGUGGCCAACCACGCAGCCAGCAUAUUGCAGCACCUCAAGCAGCAGCAGAGUGAAGGAGAGCAGACGGCUCGACGACGCGUCCGACGGGCGUCAAGCGAGACGCCAGUGCAAGUUAAUGGGGCUGCAGAGCGAGUGGUGCCUCCGCCGACGCCAACCUUUGCGGUGCAGCAAGAUGGCGGCAGUGCUCCACCUGUACGUUGA